UGUUGAUUGGAUAUUUAAGUAGAAGUACUGAUGGGACGGGAGGAGCAGUGACGGAGGUCAACUCGCUCUAAACUUUUCCUUCCGUUCACUCGCCUCGCUCAUCCUCGCCGUCACAGUCACCUCCACCGAUCAUGUUCUAGACUUCUCUCUCUCUCUCAGAGCAUGUGGUUUAUCUUGAAAAUUGACAAAUGGGGACUUGUUUCCAGAAACAUCAUGUUUCCUUUGCAACCUAAUAUCAUGUUUUUCAGGACAGCUGGAGAUGAUUCAACAAGGUAUAGAUUCUAAAUUUUGUGAGUAUAGUCUGGGCAAUUGUAAAAUGGACUUGCCUAAUCGUGAUAAACAACUGACUGUUGCUGUGAAGACAGCAUUGAGAGAUCUGCAAAAUGAUAAUAAAAUCAUGGUGCCAACCUCUGUUGGAAGCUCUUCAUUUUUAAAGGAUAAGGAUCCUGGUACUGAUUCUAAUAGAGUUUCUGGCACCAAGAGACCCUUGUCUGACUACCCAUUGAAUCACCAGCUCCAACAAUCUCCAAGCAAUAAUGCUGCAAAUGGACAUCUUGUGUAUGUCCGUAGAAAAUCAGAAGCAGAAUUGAGCAAGGGCAUUGCUUAUGAAAAUCCAAGUAUUAAUGCUUAUUGUUCACAUUCUAGGCAACUUUGUUGUGAAGAGGAGACUGCUCAACCAAAAUCUCAGAUAAAGGAGCCACCUCAGUUAAAGGAACCUAAGGCUUCUUGCUUCCCAGCAUUUGCACCUUUUCCUAUGGCUUCUUCAAUGAACUCAUCUGGAAAGCCUUCAGUUCCUAUUUCUCUUGGGAAAUCUGCCAAGAAAUUAGCACCAGUUGAGUCCAAUUAUGUGACAGCUUCUUCUGGCCCAACUACUAUUGGUAAUCCAAAGGGAUUAAAAAAUUUGCACUGGGACGAGCGAUACCAACAAUUGCAGAUGUUUUUGAGGAAAUUGGACCAAUCAGAUCGAGAGGAAUAUAUCCAAAUGCUUCACUCCCUGUCCUCAGUUGAACUUAGCAAACAUGCUGUUGAGUUAGAGAAGAGAUCAAUUCAGCUUUCGUUAGAGGAAGCUAAAGAAUUGCAGCGUGUUGCUGUUUUAAAUGUCUUGGGUAAAUCAGUGAAAAACUUCAAAGCACCCGCAGAUUAUGACGAAUGUUCAGACAAGUUGAAGACAUUAUCAUGAUCUUCCCCAUUUGGGCUGCUGUAAAUUUCCUCAGACAGAGAAAACAUUUUGAUUAUUGUGCUUAGUUUACUAAGAAAGUAUCUAGCACCUCCUUGUUCACGAAAAUCAAAAAACGGCGAUUACAGUUUGGAUACCUUGUGCUCAUCCUUGCAUUGCAGUUGCAGAUAAUCAGAAGUUAACAUUCUCUGUUUUCUUAAAAUGAUGUUAGGCUUAGCGCUUGAAUGCCAGCGAUAUCCACGUUCAGAUCUUGCGUAAGUAAACAAUUAUUGCAAGGGGAAUUAAAAAGUUAUAGGUUAGGUUGGCUCAUUUCAAUCGUAUUUUUAUUUUUAUAUAUUUUCUUUUGGCACGAAAUACUUGCUUUUUUGUUAACUUGAUGCUAAUAUUUUGUAAGGUUAGAAGUAGAACAGAAAGUAUCUAACGGGUUGUUGUUUUGGGCA